GGCCUUUCAUGUGGAGCCGAUUGUUUGUGUGUCGGGCGGCUCGCUUCUCAAGCUCCUCCAGUGUUUCGCUGCAGCCGGCUGUGGCGUUGGCGCCCUGGAGGUGCUGGUGAAAGGAGCUGGGUGAUUUGUAAUUCGUUUUUGAGGCUGUCCGGGAGCUCUCUUUGCUAAUGAUGUCAGAGAUGAGGUCUGAACGCGGUGCCCUGUGGUCUGAUGCUGAGACCCUGGCGCUGAUCGCCGUCUGGAGCGAGGAGAAUGUGCAGACGGCGCUGGACGAGCAGCUCAGGAACAGCCACGUUUUCAAGUUCAUCUCUUCGCAGCUGCUGGACCAGGGUUAUAUCCGCACUCCGGAGCAGUGCCGCAUCCGCAUCAAGGGGCUGAAGAGGAAAUACACGCUGGCCAAGGACAGCAUUAAGAGGGGCUGUAGCGCCAGCGGGAGGAAGAUCUGCCGCUUCUACGAGCAGCUUGAUGUGGUGCUCGGUUCCCGGAUCGCCAACGAGCGGCCCGUCUUUAUAGAUGCGAUCGCGACAACGGGAGAGUCUCUGGAUAUCAAAGAGGAGCAAAACAGUCCUCGUUCCGAUAUCAGUCAAAGGGUUGAAUGCCGGAAUGGCCAUUGUUCUUCCGAGGAACCCGAUCACUCGUUAGGAGAGACUAGCAACCGUCCAUUUGAACCACAACCUUCCACCAGUGCUUUCUGUACACCCCGUGUGCGACGUGCACACUCGUCUGUGCAACUUGCGCCUCAGCCAAAGAAAGCAAAGAAGCACACACUGGAAGACAUAAUGGAUGGUAUGAUGGAGAAAUUCAUCCGCUACAGUGAAGCUGCUGAUGAAAAAUUUCUACGUUACAUGGAGGCAUCAGAAGAACGAUUUGCUCGUCUUGAGCAACUUCGUAUGGAAAUGGAGGAAAGAAUGAGACAAAGUGAUAGGGAACAUGAAGCUCGUGUUCUGUUCAUGUUGGGACAGAUGAUGGGCCACAAUAUGGCUGACUUUCCAGCCACAUCAUCAACUGCUGAGGGUGAAAUAACUGAAAGGAAAGUAUUUUAGAUCACAGUGUUCAACUUAUUCACUUAAAAAUGAAGUUUGUAGUGCAUUUUUAUUUUAGAUACAGUAUUUUUUUUCUGGUGUGACUGCAUACAGGCUCAUAACCAAAAUAUUUUUCGAUUGUUGCUAAGGUUGCAUGUCAAGUGGUAAACAGUUUUUUUCAGAAGAAAUAUUCAGAGCAAUUGCUCAACAGUAAACCAACGUGUCUUUGUCUGUUAAUUUCUGGAGGUGUGGAGGGGUGUGGUUUGAGUUCACGUUUAAAUCAAUGUGAAGUCAGAAGGAAGUAUUCGUAGCAAUGCAAAGAUAGGACAAUUUUAGAACUAAAAUCUAAGAUAAAUUACGAAUGUUGAUUCAUAUAACCCCAAGUGAGAGACAAUACUCUAGUAAUCAAGUAAUCCAAUAUAACAUUUCUGAACCAAUUGAAGGAAAAUGUUGCAUCAAGUUUACUGCCCUGCCUUUAUUUUUCCUUUUUAUUUCAGCCCGUUGGAAGCGAUUUGCUGCAGCACAGCCAGUGUUUUAUUCCAUUGUUUCAUAUUGUUUGUAUCAAGAGCAGUGUUUCAUGUUGAGUAAUAUGACAUAUAGUUAUUUAAUAUAAACGAAUCUUAGUACCACGAAUUGAGGUUUUUUUUAAAUGAGUAUUAAAAGAUAUUGUCUGAUUUCUUUUGACUUUCUGGUUUUAGUAAAUGGACUUAACGUGGCCUUAAUGGGACCUUUCCCUUUGCUGUGUUGAAUGGCAUCACUCAAACCAGAAUGUUCAUAUAUUACUGUUACCUUAAUGGAGGAUCCACCUUCUGUUACUGAUAGAGCAAUAGUUAUUUGUUACUAUUUGUUAGAAAUGCAAUUAUUAUCAUUUUUAAAUAUCACUGUUACCGAGUCAGCUUACUUUUUUAGCUGAUGUCAGACAUUCUGAAUAAUGAGUUUGAAUUUUUGCUGCAGUAGCCACAGAUGAUGAUGUGCAUUUGAUUUGAGAUACAUGUACUUUGACAUUGGCAAUUGUGAAAUUAAAUGGAGCUAAUGUCACUUGAAAAAGGAAUCAGUAACUCCCAGGGACCUAACCAAAAACAACGAAUAUAACUGUGUGUAAAUGUUUUUCUGAACAGGAUAGGAGAGUUGUCUCACCAGUUGUUGUUGAUAACAAAACUGAGAUACUCCUAAGAAGAAACCUAGAAGCCUUAAGCAUAAUUAGUUGAUAGAUGAUUUCUCAUAUAGACAUCAAUUGUAAUUGCUGUGUUCAUAAUGGUUUUUUUAUAAGAAAUGCAAAUUAAUGAUUAUAUUUUCUUUUAAUUCACUCUCAAUAGUUAUUAUCAGGUGAAGGUGCUGAAUAUAACUAAAUUGGAAAUAUGUUAAAUUAACUGGGCACUGGAAUAGGAUGGGAAUGACAGUGUUUGUGUUUUGAUUACUAACCCUGAUGAGUAGAAGUAUUCUUCUUGGAAUACACAUAUUAAAAUAUGCCUAACACUGAUAGUUAUGAAUAACAUAUGUGCAAAAAGACAUGUAAAUUAUAACAGAUUUUUAGUUACUCUAACUUCAUGCUAAUCAUCUUCGGUCUGUAUACUUAAUGUAUAUUCAUUUGUUUAUAGAUACUUUAUACCCACAGGAACUCAUGUAAAAUCACAGAAAACACUAACCGAAGAAAAGUCUUACAAUUCCCCUCUAGACAGUUGACCUGUAAAAAGAAAUUUGAAAUUCCAAUUAAAAGCUGAAAGGAUUACUGUAACAAACAAACAAGGCUAUAGUGCAAAUAUUACACUGUAUCCUUUCUAUAGAUGUUCAAUUCACCAGGAACCUGCCAAGGGUUUACUUCUGUUAUUUUCUUGUGUAAGCCAAGAGGUUUCAAUCUCAGAACUGUCUUUCAGAAUGAAGUUUUCCAUCUGUGUUUCCUUCUCUACUGUAUGCUAGGCAAAUCUUCCAGGCUUUUUAAGUCUUCAUGAAUUUGGCCUUUCUUUUGUGGUGGAUCACUUCUAGAUCCUGGCAGAUUAACCUCUUCUGGGAGUUUUCGGGGAUAUCUUAGACCUAAAUCCUUUCAAAGUUUAUUUCUGUGGCAGUGUGAAUUACAUGUAUUUUGUGUCCAGAUAGAAAUUCCUUUAAUCUUGGUAGCAAAUACACAACUUAAAGCACAACUGCUUAGAGCUGAACAUUCUCAACACUAUUCUGGGACUUUAGAGACUUAGUCUAUGCACUAUUAGUACACAGGCUGCUCCUGUUGUGUCCAAGUGUAAACAUGUUGCACUUUCUUUCCAGGAACCUUUUAAUCUCCAAUAUUGUUAGAACCAUGCAAGCACAGUAAACCAAAUGGUUUCCUUUUAUCCUGUAAUAAUUCUGUUAUAAUCAAACACCCAGACAUACAGACUUCAUAACAAGUUACAUGACUCCCUUCAUUUUACCUUAAAGACACAGACCCAAACAUAGCAACCUCAAACUUCACAAUUUUAACAAAAACCUUUUUUAACCAUACAAAUAAAAAAAAUCUCUUUUCAAUUCAAUAUUUUCUAUUUUAAGUGGAACAUUGCAGCCAUUAUUGUGUCUACAUAAGGUGAAGAGGGGCUAAAGUAGGCAAGAUCCACAUACGUUUGAAUUAUAAAUGUAAUCCAGCUGAUAUUUCAGGGGGAAAAAACAAGUUCUUGUGAGUGGGUUGAGUGUACAAUUAAUUUGAGCCUAACAAUCUAUCCCAUAAACUGUGAAUAGAUCUACUGUUCCAACAGUGGAGGAAGAUUCAUUUUCUCUUUCACUUUGAAGUAUUUUAACAAAUUUUGUGCCAUAGAAUAGAUUGUUGCUGAAAUCAAAUCUAGACUUCAUAUCGAAAUUUGAUUUCAGUGUUGUCCAUUUUCGGAAUGUGGAGAUCAUGAAAGGUUAACAUACAACCAAGACAGUGGAAUCACAGGAAAAGAGGAAAACAUUUUUCUUGUAAUGCAAGUUUAUUAUGAGAAAGUAAGAGAAUUGCAGUCAUUAGUUCUUUGUGCAGGUAUUCUGGGAGGAGAGGAGUAGAUGAUUUGGGAGAGCAACAACUUCAAUUCCAAACGUCUAAGGAACAGGAGAUCUGCGAUAUUAUUAGCAAAAUGCUUUGUUGGUUCUCUGUGACUUCUGUUGCUUCACUUGCAUAACCUCUUAGAUCCUUCAUAAAAUAUCUUAAUUGUGUCCCCUCUACAGCACAGAAAAUAUUAUGACUGAGAAAAGGUCUGCACUAAAACCCUGCUUUUAGUACUGUUGAGUGGUUCCCAAGAAAUUGGUGUCAGUUAACUAACUUCUAGGCAACUCACCUGAGAUUGGUUAUUUGUGUGAGGCAACUAUGAAAAAAUAAUCUCACUGUACUCUGUGUGUUAAUGGCCUGAUUAGAGACGUGCCCUGAGAUCCUAAGCACUCAUUUCAUUUUCCUUAUUUGCUUGAUUUUUUUUUAUAUUUCCCAUACCAGCAUUCCUUUUUGUUUUUGUUCCUUUGAUUAUUUUCUCCAAUACUUACUUUUUAAUUAGGAGUUCUUGCGAACAGAAAUUCAUAUCUUAAAAUACAUAAGAGAAAGGCAGCAUAACAUAAUAGUUCUAGUGAAUGCAAUUGACCUGGAGAAUAAUCUGAGCUGGAGGUACACAAAACUUAAGUUGACUUGAAUGAUUGGAAAUGUGACGCAGAGGCAACCCUACAGCAUAUCUGAUCAAUGUUGAGUAAAGUCAAUGAAGUGCCCUGAUUGCAAUGGUGAUUAACUAAUUUAUAAUAGACUGGAGCAUCGAGCAUUUAUAUAAUUGAUCAUUGUGCAAUUUAAGUGUUUCUAAAUAAUGCAUUCCACUCUGCCUUUCUUUAAUUCACAGGUCCAAGCUAUUUCUUAAGGUAAUUUUAUCCAUCAGUAAUUGCCUUUGUACCUGUAUAUUUUUGCUUUGCUCAUUGCACCUUUCAAUAUUUAUUCUUGAUACAUACGGCUUUUUUGUUGCGGUAGGAUAUUUUAUGUUAGUUAGUUAGUUCUAGUACUGUUGUGUGCAGCUAAAAUGCAGAAAUAUGAGAAAUAUGUUGAUUGAGUAACUGAACGCACUAUACCCAGAGUAUUCAAUCAGUGCACUGAGCUAUCAUUCCACAUUUUUUUUCUGCCAAACCUUUUUAUCCCAAGGAUUGAUCUUUUUUUUAUUAUUUUUAGCUUUUCUUUCCACUAUCCCUUGUCAAAAAAUUAAGAUUUUAGUUUACUAAUAUUUACCAGUUUGUGAAUUUAAGCACUCCAUAAAAUGCCUCAAGAACUAAAAACAUCCACAUUAAACACACUAAGUUACUGUAGCUUCUGCCUACUGUCUACUGGGGCUUCAAAAAUAAUUAGUUCUGGAGCUGUAGAAUGACUUUUUGCAGAAUUGGUAGGUGAAAUUUAUUAUUUAAAUAAUCUUUCAGCUACUGUUUGAGCCAAUUCCUCAUACUUCUGAGCCAUUCCUCCAUUUUGUUUACAAUAAAUUGUGGCUUACGGUUAGAUCAUUCUUCAACUAGUACGCAGAAAUUUUGCAUUAUUGAUGUAUUAUAGGUAGUGGCUGGACAGCACGCUUGUCAAUCAUCAAUAUCUUUAUGACAAUUUACAAUGAUUAACAGUUGAAUUCUGCAAAUCAACUCACCUAUUUCUAGCUAAAACAUGGUUUAAAAUGGAAUGGGUCAACUAUUUUAAAGAAAGUUAUUUUUAAGUAAUUUCUGUAAAGGUGCAGUUUUGCACUAUCUUGCAAAUAUUACUUCCCAGACUCUCCUUGGUUUAAGGUCUGAAAUGGAUUAGUGGCAAAAUCUGUGGCCUUGGAUAAUGCUGCUCCUGAAGAAUUAAUACUGAAACGUUUUAGAGGCCACAUCAUCUUUCAGGACUAUCAUUUUGGCCUUUUAAUACAGUUUUGAAUAGGGCCACCUAGCCAAGAUCAGGCCACAUAAAAGAAGCCCAAACUCAGUGGCAAAUAGAAUCUUUAAGUGUUACAAAGAGAUUAAUCCAUUGUAAAGAACAAAUAAAUAGAAUGGAAUAUGUUACAUAUUUGAAGUUUGCUAUCAUGGAGGUUUUGGUGAUUGAUCAAAAUAGGAUUGUUUCCAUUCCACUUCCUUUGGUUUCAUCAAUUUAUUUGGAAACUUCACAGAUGUAGUAACAGUUCUCCUUUUAACCAAAACAUCUCCCUUUUUAUUCCAUUCAUAUUUCUAGGAUCAUAAAAGAGCUCCAAAUCAUUUUUCCAAGAGUAAUAUUUCCUCAAUAGAAGUUUGUAUCAUAAACUUUCAGCUGUGGACUUUUAUGCAUGGUUCGGGGUGGGGGGUGGAUGGGGGAGGUGUGGGGGAGCGGGGAGCGGGAUAUCCAGUAUUCCUUUUCUCAAGAAUGUUUCCAUAAUUAUAGGUACAUAGAAAAAUGUAAGUUGCCUGGAUACAUUGGAACAGAUCCUUACCAUGUAAGCCUUAUAUUAAUUAUAGUUUACUGUAAGUUAGUAAUUCUUUACUUCUGUGUCCUUAUGGUUUUUAAAAAAGGUUACAAUUGUAACAAUUAUGUGUUCGCAUCUAUGUAGCUGUGAGAUCAGCUGUUCAAGAUUUCACGUUAAAAAAGUGUGCUCCCAUGCUGCUAUCCUCUUAUCUGGUUGAAAUUCCACUGAUUUUUAAAAUGUAGUUGAACAAAAUUUGCAAACUUAAUUUCAAUACUGUUGGUGACUAUAUUGAAAAAACUGUAGCUUUUAAAACUGUUGUUAAAUAUAUGUGUUUUUGUUUCUGUUAUGUCUUUUAAAAGAAAAAAAUGUGAACAAUUUUGACACUUCUGUUUGUGUAAACGCUGAAAUGUUAUCAGUCCUCCACAUACUGAAAAAUAUGACACCAGUAAUGUCGUCAGCAGUCUUCCACUUGGUUGAUGAUACAGUGGUACUUAUUAGAUUUAGAGCUUUCAAGUUAGUGAAAGACCAUUUGUACCUAUAUGUCACUGGUAUGAUAUGAAAUUUCUUCAGUGUGUAAUAAACUAG